AUGGUUCGGAUAGUUUUUGAGACAGUAUCCUUGAGUUCAGACUUUCUCUUCCGGAGGGCAGUUUCAAUUCUCCAUACUUUGUACUUGGACUCUGCAUCUGAGCAUGGUUUUCAGUACAGUCAAGUGACGGUGAAAAAUGACAUUUUCUUAAAUGAGUAUAAAACUUUUUACCAAGAAAAAAAACCAAAUAACUAUACUGAGGAAGAACUUAAAGAAACUUACAGAUUUCUUCUGUCUGAAACAGAAAACCAGGCGAAGUUGGUAUGUCAGCGUGGACUCCGUGUUGGCAGCAGUGCUGUUACCACAUUGGGUGACCCAGCAAAAGGUGUGUACAUUUCCAAAUACUUGGACUAUCUUCAGGUAAGAACAUGGCAUCCUGGGAAGCCCGGUUAUGUUGUGAUUUUUAAUCUAAUUACGUAUUAUCUCUAUGAACUCUCAGGCAGCACUGUUACUGAGCGACCCAGGCAGCUCUGUCCAUACGCAAUUGUAGCUUUUCAGUACAGAGAACCGAAAAGGAUGGCUGUGGCAGCUCAUAAAAGCGUAUUUGAACUCAGUGAAAAUGUUCUCUCUCCAUGGAAAGGGAAGUUAAUUAUUCAAGGCUGUCUGCUGUGUGAUACCACUCUUUGGUCCUCUUACGGUUCAGUGGUUCCAGCACAACUACCGUAUGAACUAGAUUUUAAGUAUAUAAUGAAAGUGUCGUCUUUGGGAAAAAGAUUACCAGGAGCUGCCUUUAGAAAACAGAAUUACUUGGAGGGGAAAGUCUGUUCCCAGGAUUUAUACUUCAACAUGUAUGAAGUGGAACUAUCAAACAAACAAGGGGAUAAAAUAGAUAAACUAAGGGAAUACAUUCAAAAUAAGCAGUUGGCAAUCAUCAAAUGCUUAGAUACCGCAGGCUUUUUCAUUUUACUUACAUCAUCAACCUUAAUAUCAGAAACAAAUUUUGGAGACAACCAGAUGGGUCUGCAUGGACUACAUUUAUUCCACUCAUCCCCCUCAACAGAGUUGAAAGACUUGAAAGUUGAAGAUGACAUCUCAUUGAAGGUGAUGCGUGUUUUAUCUGCCCUUAACUGUGCCCUGCUAGAAGCAAAGAAAUCAUUUACUGAAGAAGGAAUCUGUCCAAACACAUUAGUAAAGCAUAAUUUCCAAGAAUUGUAUAAAGUAGACCAAAGUCCUUCAUUGACUGCUGCUUCUCAGGAUGGACUAGAAGAGACUGCUUCCUCUGGCCAAUAACUGUCCAGUGGUUUUGACUUGGCUUCUCCAGCUGAAAAGUGCCCCUUACAUGCUUUAACUCAGUUGAAAUCUUAUUUGUCAGAUCCUAGUGGGUACAUUUUGGAAGUAUCAACUGCGUUAUGUUUAUUGGCAGAGUGUCCUCAGUCUCCUUAUAUUUCAGAUGAAAUUUGUGAUGCUGGAUUCUCUUUAGUUAUGAUUCCUGAUUCUGAAUUUCUUGACUCAGAGGCAGAAGUAAGAAAAGAAACUGAAAGAGAAAAGAAUUCUGGGAAAAUGUUGAAAGCAAGGCAGGGAACAUUGGUUCAAGUAAGUCCUGCCUGUCUGAGAGUUCAGCCUAAGAGAAAGGCAAGCAUGCUACCCGUGGUGCAGAGCUAAAGGGUGAACUUCCCCAAGAAAACUGCUGGAGCAAGUAAGUGUGUGGACUCCCCAGCCACUCUCAGUUUAGCCAAAGGACAUCCUCAGAAAAGAAAAAGAGCCAAAGGAGAAACUGCUUCACAUCUUCAGUCAGAAAUUUCAUCAGAUGGUCAAGAAGAUGCUAUUAGCAUAAAUACAGCUCAGCCAGAAAGCAUCACAGUGGCUCACAGAGAUCCACCUAAAAACUCCCUUGCCAGCUGUGACUCCCAGGCCCUGAAUAUGUUAGCUGAUCUAGCAUUGAGUGCUGCUGCCUCCCCCACACCAUCAUCUGAGCCCAGAAACCUUCCCUGCCCCUCUGGACUGCCCCCAAGUGAGGUUUUGCCUUCUAACGAAUAUUCUUCGCGUACAUCUGACCAUGAAUAUCACAGAGGAGCUAAAAGUCAAAAAGAUGGGCCGUUACCUAAGCCCUCUGCUGAUAAGAGUAAUCCACCGUCGGACUCCACUGUCGACCAGGAAGAAGGGAGCUUGGUUCCUAGCACUCAGGCCCCUGUUGGCACCCAUGUGGCUCUUCCUGAGGAAACACUGAAAAGGCCUGACGCAAGCCAGAGCUCUUUUGUUGCUGUGGAACAUUCCUAUGCCCUACUCCUUGGAAAACAUUCAAAGAAGCAUCUACAGCAAGUUGCAGGCCCUCCCUUUGCUAAGAAUGGCACAAAAGGCCCCGAAGCAGGAACCCCAGUGGGAAAAGUAAUGCCCUUUCGGCACCAGCAGAACACCUCCCCUCUGCAAAAGCUUUCCGAGGACCCAUUACUCCAGUGCAAGAGCAGAUUGCUGUCCUCCAGCCUGAGAGAUUUUUACUGCUCCCAUACUGUGUUCAGCUGUGAUGGCUCUUUUAAGGUCACUUUCACAUGUGAAGCAGAAUAUGUAUUCAGUUUAGAAAGCAAGUACACCAACAACCCACUGGAGAAGGCAGUGGUCAGAGCAUUACAUGGGCCCUGGAACAUGGUUUUACCUGAUAAUGUAGAAGUGAAGCUCAUACUUCAUAUGUGGAUGGCUCUGUUUUACAGCAGUCAGAGCAAACUCAUAUAGUCAUCUAGAAAAGUGGUGGAGCACAGCAGCCCCAUGAAGUUUGUGUCUAUAAAUAGCACAUUAGACACUUUGGAAGUCAGUGAGUUGGAGGAGCCCCCCUGUGUGGAGAGGUGUAACCCACUGUUGGAGACUGACGAGACUCCCAGAGGUCACACUGCCAAAGUGUCCUUCCCUGACACUCACUCCUUGCUUCCUUUCAUUAAACCACCACCUGCGAGAGGCUUGGAACUGUGGGUGCACAAUGAGCCGAAAGAAGGUUUUGCAGGAGAGGGUCACUCAGAUACCCCGGAAAGCCAGAAUUUCAUCUAUUCCUGUAGUAACGAGGUAAUUGGGGGGAAAGCCAAACAAGAAUCAUCAGAUAAACUGGAGACUCCUAGCCUUGUGCCUUCUGGUAUUGGAAGUACCCAAACUAAUGAACCAUCUCUUCCUGGUGAAGAUACAGCCUUAGAGCCACUUGAUAGCACAAGAGUGACUUCUUACAAUGAUGGUGUCCUACAAGUCACAUUCACCAAGACUCAUGAUGGGAUCAACAAUCAGCCAGCAAUUUGUCAGAAGUCUGUAUACAGCACCCUUGAAAGCAAAGUUGGUGUUUUCCAAGCAACAAUGCAAACAAAACCAGCAUCACAAGGCCUAAUCCAGCAUAGCAGCCCCAUAAACACAGAGUCCCAGACUUUCCUGGAAGGAGAGGAUGAUACAGGGUAUGUAAUGAUUAAUCUGGAUCCAGUUACCCUGACUUUUGAAAAAAAUACCUAUGUCCCAAUACCGACAGAAGGUGUAAAUAGAGCCAGUGAACCUGCCACCUUUAAUAUGGAGUUGAUGAAGCAAGUAGCCCCUGCUAUGAGUCUUCGACAUCCUGGAUCCACUUUUGAAAAGGCACAGACCCUUAGGGACAUGCCGCCUGUAACAAUGUCAGGACAGAAAGACCCUAAGUGCCUUUGUUCCUCCUCAGUGAGCAGAGUGGCCCCUGCUGAGGAAUUGUAUUCCUUACAGAAGGAGACUCCUGAUCCAGACUCAUCAUCGCCAUCUGGUAAUUCAGUGGUGCUUGAGGCACUGUCAUUAGGCAAAAGUUCUAAUUAUUCAUCACCCCGAGAAGAAGUGAAACUUUCUCAGGAAUUUUCCCUUAAGACUCAGAGUCUCUUCAGCAUAUCUCCAGAAGAGGUUACAGAGCCAUCACCAAUUGAAGAGGUAGUCUCAUCAGCCUCUGCAUCCUUGGAAAAAAACUACGCACUUACUCGCAUUCCUCCAAUAAGUGCUACACCCCAUGGUGCUUCAGAACUCGAGGAUGAGGUUGGCCUCAGCAGUGAAAAGAGGAAUUUUGAAUCAUGCAGUUCAUUUAGCAAACAAACCAGCCUGUCUUUGAACAGAGAGGAGGUCAGCUUAGAGCUAUCAGAGGAAGAUUCGGACAUCAAUCUAACUCUCACAAUAUCACCACCGACAAGUCCCAGAGAAGAAAUGCCAGCAGGUGAAAUAGAGCAACAUCAGGAGGCCCCACUAUCAAACUUAGAACUUCAGGAAGCUGAAGAAAUAAUUGAGUCAGAAGAGGUGACUUUAAGAGCAAACAGAAAAGGGAAUUCUACUAGUUAUAUAUCAGUGCAUCCUACAGUGUCAGAGAAAGCAGUAGAAAAUGAGAGAAAAAGUGGUAACUUACAAACUGUUACUCUAGUACUUUCUAAAGACACUUGUUGUGCCCUUCAGAUUGCAGAGGAAGUUAAUGUUACCUCAGAUUUUCCCUUUGGCUCCUUAAUUGAAGAAGUUUCACCAGCUUCUAGUCCUGACCCCCAGGUACCAGUUGAAGUACCCCAAGUACCAUCUCAGGCUGUGUCUCCAUAUAGCUUAAAACUUCCUGAUACACAGUGUGAGAAUUGGGACAAAUUCUCCCAGAUAGAGGCAGGAGAUUUGGCCAUAACAGAAGAAGAUGAUUUUUUUGUGGGUCCUCCCCACCCAGGGGGCCAAGGUCACUUACCUUGGAUUCAGCAAAUGCAACUUUGUGCUGAAAUGCCUCUCAUACUGAAUCAUCAUGGAAGGGAAGAUAGAUGCUCAACCUUUCCUAGUAAGGUAACUGAGGCCAUUAUCCCCAGUGAGUGUGAUGAAGGCUUCUUCCCCUCAGACAAGGCUCCAUACUGUGAUAGAGAGUUAGACCAGCCUGCCUUGGCAGCCAAUUCCACACAUGAGUUCAGGCCUUCUCUAGAGAAAUGGGUAACAUCAGGAAAUCCACUGCAGACAGUCAGUGUAGAAAACAGAAACUUGGACUUAAAUCAUCUUGUCUUGGAGACCAGUGAGCCUCCAUCGAGUCCUAGAAAGAUUAUUGAAAAUAAGUCUUUGGCUGACACAUUUAGUUCCACAACUGUCCCAGGUGGUAUAGAGAAUGUGUCCUUCGAACAGGAGACUAGCCCUAAAAGUAUUAAGAAAAGCCUCCUUUGCAGUGAUUUGAAAACAAAUGAAGGCGUUUACACGCAAGCUCAGUCCUUGAGCUUUGACUCCGUUGUUGGAGCAGAUGUUCUACAGGCACACUUGUGUUCAGAGACCCCCAGACUUGAUUGGUCCUCAGGUAGCACUCCGUUAGCCCAUUUUACAAGACCGAUGAACAUAGAGCUAGGGUUCCAAACACAGGAAAUACCAGUAGGCAGACUGGCCAGUUUGCUUAAGAACAGUGAAACUAAAGCUGAGUUACAUGAAAAACACAGAGAUCUGGGAGGUGCUGGCUCUCAGUCAAACACUGCAUCUCUAAAAGGGGAACAAGAAACAAUGCUGCAGGAUCUGUCACCAUGUGGCACAAUAAAUCUGUUAAAUGGUGGGCUUUUUCUUAUGUGUGUAGCUGCUGAUUCUUAUCGACAUACGGCAGUCACCAGUGACAAUACCAGUAUGGAGCCUCUUGCUCCUUUUGUUCCCCGGUCUUGUUCCCCUCUUGUUUGUGGAAUUUCUAAAGAGCAGAUGGGAAAUAAAAGCACUGGUGAGCGGCUCAGGACCAAGGAGCACUCAGAAGUCCUGAGUGGAGACAUGGAUGUCAGUGUGAAUCCUGACAUUCAUUAUGAACCACUUUCUGGAGUUGAUCAAGACCCUUGCAGUGACUGCAGAAAUCCCAAAGUGGAUGAGGAUGACCCCUGCACUUCGCGAUGUAUUCACACCAAGAAAGAAGAAGAUGCUUCAGAAGAUGCUUAUGACUCUUUCCCAAGCCUAACCACUAAUGAUAACAAGGAUUGGGGCUGCUCAAAUCAAGUUCCAGGGUUAGAGACAAGCAUUCCUCCCAGAAACCGGUCAGUUGGAUUAAAGAAAGAAGAUAAAUGUGUGCCAUGUUACAUAAAAAUCCGAGAUCUCCAUGGCAUCCCCAGGACUUACGCUAACUUCACCGUAACUAAAGAGCUCAAAGACACCAUGAGAACAUUGCACAGCUCGAGGAGGCACUCCACUUUCACUGCGAAGUGUGACUUGCUCAGCUUCUGGACAAAUACUUGUCAGGUGGCAGAUAACCUCACCUAGAGUACUUUAGAUCUGGAAUAUCUGUGUUUUGCACAUAAACUAAAACAAAUGGUGAAGAGUGGAGAUUCUCAGCAUUCUGACUUUUCCAGUAACGUCUUACUGGAAGAGUUGCCCCUCCACAUCACUGCUGGAGCUUUUCCUUUAACAAAACCACCUGAGACCCCUGUUCUACAUCCUGCAUCCCGGAGCUGGAGCCCCCUUAAAGCAACAGUCACACACUCAGAUGCUGGACGGCAGGGUCAGCACAUGAGAGACCUCACAUCCAGCAAUUUGGACAGUCCUUCCUUUUGGAAAGAGAGGUGUAGUCACAGUACACAGCAUCUUUCAAAUUCUGAAAGAAAUCAGGCUGUUUCAUUCCAUCUCACCAAGCUGAAAUAUAACAGCCCUUGGAAAGAAUCCCAGAGUGAUAUUUCACUUAUUCUCAGCGAAUAUGCUGAACUUAAUAAGGUGGUAAUGAAUCGCAGCCAAGUCAUUUUCCAAGAUAAAGAGUCCAGUGUGGCUUCUGGAGAAGCCACGCCUCAAGAGAUGUAUUCAUCCUUGCCAAGAAGGCCAGCCUCCUAUGAAGACAUGAUUACAGACUUGUGCACCAGUCUGCAUGCCAAGCUGAAGAGUGUGGUCAGAGAGGCUUGUAAAUGGACCUUCCUGUUCUACCUCGUGGAGACAGAAGACAAGUCAUUCUUUGUAAGAACAAAGGCUGCGGAAGAUGCCUGUGCCUCUGCUGUGAGUGCCUCAAGGAGCACUGGGCUCUGCGGAAUGCCGGUCCGCUGGGAGGCUGACUUGCAGGCAGUUCUCAGUUGGGGAAGCCAACAGAAAACUGCUCAGAUGCCACCCUGCUGGCUGUGAGACUGCUGUGACAGGAGCUCAGCGCUGCGGGUGAAGCAGAAGGGGUCUGUGGAGGUUUUCCAGCAGGGCAGUGUACCUGGGGCACAGCAUUUACUGUCAAGAAAUCUGUCCAUGAUAGCUGAGGGCUCCUAUUUUGUAUCUUUUAAAAAUGAUUUUAAAGUUUUCCAAACUUAAGCAAUCUUAUCUUUCGUGUAGCUGAUUAUUUUUCCUGUCAAGGAUCCUUUUGGUUCUCCAGGGUUCUUCCAAAAUAGUUGCCAGAUUUGUCUCCCCAACCCCCAGCCCCAGUUGUCUUUGUUCCAGUUUCCAUGCCCUCUCUGUAAGCUGUGUUGUUGGAUGGGAGAGCAUUAAACGGCCUUCAGUCUUUUCCUCCAAAACUAACCUCCUUCCACCUGUUGCUGGUUCUCAUGCUUUUUAGGAGCCCUUGUUUUUGUGGUGGGGUAUGAAGGGAGGUUCUGGGUGGUGGGAAUUGCCUACCUGGUGGGAAAGCUUUGCAACACUUGAACCUGGGAGGUGAGACCCUGGGGCUCCUUGGGAGGGAGCCCCUCUGCCCUGUAACCCUAGGCCAGUUCCUGCUGCUAUACCCUGCAGGGAAAUGGGGUGCUCCCAACCUCACAGGGUUGCUGUGAGGAAUCCCAAAGCCAUGUGGUUGUCAAAAUAAAAGAAUGUGAACUCCA